AUGACAGUCCAAAUGGCUGAACGCAAAUACGACCCGAUUGUGCUGGUGAUUGAUUUCCACCAUGCACGGGGCCCCGAGAUCGAGCACUGCAUCGCCGACGAAGGAACGAACCCGGCAAUCGAGAAUGACUGGUCAUUGCUACCGUUCAUGGCCCUGUCCGAUGGCGCACACCUUUCGACUGAGGAGUUCUCCUACUUCACACUCCGCCGAAAGGAAACGUCCACAACCCCGGCUACCUCCCUAUUCGGCAUUGCCUGCUCGCGCCAGCUCGAUUCCAAGCUUUUGAUCAACCGCCAUCCCGACGUGACUCGGUCAACGGUGCAGAAGGCUGUCGUGGUGGUUACGGAUAGCCCCCAGAGGGUGGGGCAGCUGCGCGAGAAGCUCUCUGUGGUAACUUCGGCGUGGUUUGCUCAAAAGGACUUCUCUGAUAUCGAUAUCUUGAAGAAAUUCCGCGAGGGUCUGGCCAUUAGCCUGCAGAAUGACGGAUCGAAAGAUCAGAAUCUGGGUCUUUCUCUCCGAGAAAUGAUCCACGAAUUCAAACAUCAGACGCUUGUUCUCUUCAAGGGAUUACUAUUGCAACCCAAGAUGCUCUUUUUCGGCACUCGCUGUGAACGUCUAUGCAUGAUCCAAUUUUCACUCAUUUCCUUAAUACCAGGUCUUAUCAACAGCCUGGAAGACUGUGCGGACCCAGCGUUUGACAACUAUGCACAAACCGUUGAGAAACCGACUUCGCUCAAAACCAGCGACCGGACAUCCUUGUUGGCAUAUAUGGGUCUUCCCUUGCAGAUUUUCGGAAAGGGGAGUAUGUUCGGACCCUAUACCCCGCUCCAGCAACUAGAUUUGCUGGCCGAUGAUGGCACAAAGUCGUACGUUGUGGGAUCGACGAACUCGUUGCUCCUGCAACAAAAGGAUCGCUACAGUGACAUUUUAAUCAACUUGGAUGAAGACAGCAUCAACAUUUCGUCGCCGACACUGCGCAAUGCUUUGACUCUCUCCGUGUCUGAUCGGCGCUGGAUCGACCUCCUCACUCAGAUCGUUAAUGAAACAUGGGAUGAGGAGCACCCGUCACGACCGAAGACACUAGGCUUCAUGGGGUCGGAAGAGUUUAUCCGACUUCAGUUUGAGGAGUAUCUGUUGGCACUGCUGUCUUCCAUGAAGUAUCACUUGGAACUCACUUCGCUCAACUCCGGUGAAUCGCCCCAUCGGAGCAGAGCUCAGCUGCAAAACUUCAAUAUCGAGGGUGAUCCUGCGCUUGAUUUCAACGUAGAUUUCCUCACACAAUGGCAGAAAACAUCGAACUACGCCCUCUUCUCACGCCUCACGUCAGAUGCCCUCCUAUUUUCCAUCACUGAACCGAAACACCCGAGUGCCGGUGGCUUGACAAUGGACGAUAUCCAGCGAAGACUGUCUCAGCAGGUAGCAGAUCUUCACCUCGAUGAACGAGUGCGCGAGGGCCGCGAAGCACUCAACCGCCACCUUAGCACAGGCCAAAAGAAAGUCAGCGCUGCGUUUAAUAGCUUCUGGUCCGAUAUUGAGUCUAUGCGCGAAGCCCAGCGGAAGCGCAACGAGCAGUCCCAGCGUAGCUCCAUCGAUCAAGCUUCAGGCUCUCCAUCAACGGCAUCCGCAGGCUCUCCCGAUGCAUCGGGCGCCUGGUUCGCUGGCCGUCAAAGGCCUUCUAUCGACGUAGGCCAAGCCCAGGCCUCGGUGAACGCAGCCGGCCAGAAAGCUAGUGCAUACUUCAGCUCGUGGGGAUCAUGGGCCAGCGAGAAGCGCCGCGAAUGGCAAGACAAGCGCAGCUCCUCCCCGAGCCCCAACCCUGGCAUGACUGCUUCGCCUUCGACCCCAACCCUGCCAGUAGUCACGGAGACAGCAGAGUCUGAUCGUGGCCGCCGUCGCUCCAUGCAACGGCACAGCGAGGACACGGACGGUCUUUCGCGCAGCCUCAGCCGUCGAAAGCGAUGGAGCAACAUUAUCUUACGUCGCGACAGUGGCGAGUUCAGUCUCCCGAAACGCGAUGACGGUACCAGCUCAGAGGCUUCCGAUGUCCCCUACCCCAAGUCCCCUCUGUCUCAAGGCUGCCCAGCAUACGAAACGGACGCCAAGAAGAACACCGACCAAACCCUGCAACCUGAAAAGUCAACCGAGGCCCUUUUCGACGCCGACGGAUUCAGCGCGGUGCCGCUCACACCGAACGAGGGGCUCCGACUAGACCUCAACCCAGACGAGAGCGCCUCCCAAUCCGAACCCGCCACCACCGUUGACACGCACUCUUCCGAGGUCAAGGAGUCCAAGGAAUCCAGUGCACAGUGA